UCGUUUCCAUUUUGAAGAGAAACUUGUUUUUCUCUUUCUCUUUCUCUCUCUUCUUGUUCUCUUUCUUUUUGUGUUUACUUUUCACUCUCAACAAUCUCCCAACAUCAUCUUGAUAAAUUCUCUCCCAUAAUUGAGAUAAAACUUGAAUUCUCAUAUAAAAGCAUCCGAAUGAAUCAUGUCUGAUAAUCAACCGAAAAGACCACCGAGAAUGUCAAGAACAAUGAGUAAAGAAUCAUCGACAGGCCUUUUAAUGUCCGUAAUCAGAUCGUUGACUGCGAGUCGAGAUGUUGAUGAAAGGGACCGAGAAAAGGCCAAUCUUGAAAGAGACUUUGGCGAAAGUGAUGGUCGCCUUGAUCAGCUGAUUGUUACUCACCAUUCGGAUCUUACAGCGGUCAUGAAUGCCUUUAGUAAGGUGUCGACAGAACUGAAGAGUUCCAAGGAAAAUUGCAAGAACAUGAAGGAAAACCUGAUUACAUGUAAAGAUCUGUUGAGGUGCAAAAAGGACGAGUUGCGGAAAUUGUGGAAAGAAUCAGUGGAGAACCGCCAUGUGCUCGAGCUACUCAGUCAAGUAGAAAAUGUGACUCGAGUGCCGGAAGAAGUAAACGACCUUGUGGACAAGAAAAAGUACCUGCAAGCGACUCAACUCCUAGUUAAUUCGGUCUCUUCCUUGGAGUCCAAUUUGCAACAUGUCGAGGCCUUGAAAGAAGUGAAAGCCGAUCUGCUGUGUAGAAAAGACCAAAUGUACAACAUGUUGUUGGACGAAAUUCACCGGCACAUUUACGCGAGGUCGACGGCCCAUUUGGUGAAAAAGUUCAAGAGAACGGCCUCUGAGAGACGAAAGGAUGGACCAACCGGUCCGUCACGAAAAGUGUCGAUUGCCGAUAUUCUCUCGCCGACUCUUUACUUGAGCUCUUUGUCUGUUCGCCAUCAAAGUCCUAAUUUGAGUUCGCAAACAGACGUGGCCGAGGAAACGACGAAACUAGAGACCAAUGAGAGUCAGUUGGACAUCGAAAAUGAUAGUAAACAAUUCAUUGGUUUACUAGUUGAUUGUUUGUGUUUAUUGAGGAAAAUUCCAGAGGCAGUCGAAGUGAUCAAAGAUCGGAUGGAAAAGGAGCUCGUCAAUUUGGUGAAACGCACUGCUAGGGAAUUGAUUGCUACUGUUAACCAGAGCAACAAUUGCCAUUCCAGUGGAAACAACUCAACUCUGAUCAAUGGACCGACUACUGUUUGUUUGAGGUGCUCGUUGGUGCUAAAGGAUGAGGGACAUCGAUGCUAUUUGCUGCAGGAAUUGUUCGAACUGUUGUUCCAACAAUUUCGAGUGGUGGUCUCGUUGCAUGAGACCAUUUUACUAGUGUGUCUCAAAGCGAGUUUGGCCCAGUGCGAAGGCUCAGUUGGCGAAAGAAUCGUCUUCUACAAUUCGUCCGAUAUUUGGAACAAAAUCCAAUCAGUGUUGCAAAUGGUCGCUGAUCUCUAUCUGGACAUCAGUGGGGCGAAUGCAAUGGAAAAAAGCAUCGCCGCUGCUUCUCAGGACAGUAAAAUGUUGGCCCAUUCGACCACCUCACUAGCCGAUCUGAACAGCUACUUUGUUCGCAAACGACCUGCCCUAAGUGUCUCUGUUGGGAGCAGUUUCCACAAGAUGAAGAAAACUCCCCUCUUCAAAUUUGACUCUUCCUCGCAUGCGAUGAGUCUGAACGCCUAUUUGCAAGAGCAAAAGGAAGCCAUGAAAGAGAAGGCGGAAAGAAGCGGUGGGAAUGCCAUGGACUCGAUCGACUUGUCUCUCAGUGACACGGAACAAUAUCUGGUCUGUGAACCGGCGGCAGAAAACAUCGUCGUGUUUUUCAAUCCACUCAUGAGGUUCAUUUGGGACAUUGACGACCAACUCAAUCUGGAAGAGGGAAACCAUUGUCCACUUUAUUCCUACCUGAUCAGUUGUGUGAAACUUUUCUUCAAUCAAAUCAAGAUCGAUCUGGACCGGAUACUGGACACGGCCAACAAAAGUCUGGAUGCUUGGAGAAUCGUCUCAGACCCCGACACGAUGAACAAACUCAACCAAAGUCGACCCAUUCUCCAAAGUGCUCUGGUCGUGGAGAAAGCAGCUCAAGACUUGAAGAAUCUCAUCUUUGCCCUUCCAAUGUACGCCGAUGAAUUUCUGACCUUCAUCUGCAACCUUUUGUCGAGUUUCAAAGAGUCUUGUUCAUCGGCCUAUCGGGGGAUAGUCCAGCCCGAAUCGGAGGACAAGCGAAUCAUCAGUGCGACUUGGGCCAAGGACGAGGAUAUCAGUAGAUUCUUGAAAGAUUUACCCAAUUGGCGUGCUCAGAAACCAUAUCGAGAAGUGCGAGGUCGCAAUUUAGGGUCGAUUGGAUCAUCGAUGACUUUUGACGAGUCUCCCGAAGUGAUUAGACUGCGAAACAAGAAGGAAUCGGAAAUUCUGGCCAGCAAUUUGACCCAAGACACAUUAAUACCUAAUCACGAAAUUCUGUCCGAUGUCAGUCAACUCAAGUCGUUGGGACAAUUACAGGAGAGCCUCGAAUGGCUUGCAAGUCACAUAUUCGCUUUGGCAACAAGUCUCUCCAAGUCUCAAGCUCAGAGUGACACUCAUGGGAGUCUAUUGAAUCCAUCGACUAAUCAAUCUAAUCAAUCUAAUCAACAAAUGAAUCAACAAAAAAGUCAAAUUGAUGUGAUCAAUUUAGCUGAUGUUUCCAUUGCUGCUCUUAAUCAGUUGGGACGAGAGUUCGAGGAGCUUUCGGAAACUUGUCUAUUGGUGUUGCAUCUCGAGGUGAGAGUUCACUGUUUCUAUUACCUGUUACGUGUGACCAAAGGCAACUUUGCCCCUGGAAUCGAUGCCCAAGAGCCCGAUGUCGAGGUGGUCCAGUUGAACAAAGAUCUGUCCAGUGUGGAUGAAGCUCUAAGUUUAUCAUUGCAACAAUGGAAAUUGAAAUAUGUCUUCGAAGGGGUUUCCCAUUUGGUGGCGACAAUUUUAAUCAACAGCGCGUCUUCAAUUGAUCGCAUCAAUCACAAUGGAGUCAAGAAAAUCUGUCGCAACAUUUUCGCAAUCCAACAAAAUCUGACGAGCAUCACCAUGAGUCGAGAAGUUGCUCUUGACACAGCGAGACAAUAUUUUGAGCUUUUCUAUUCUUCCCCGGAAGAGAUUCUGGCCUUGAUCGAGGAACGGGGGCCGCAAUUCAAUGGCCAAGAGUAUUAUAAUGCGAUGGAACUUCUUCAUCGAAGUAGCCCAGGUCGAGAUGCGAAUAAAUUGAAGGCCAACAAACAUCGAUUGGAAGAAAUUCUCAAUGAAGCCGCUGUUUCGGUCUAAUUGUGACAAUUACUUUUUUUCUUUUCUUUUCUAUUCUAUUGAUAUUUACUUAUUCAACAGUUAACUAGUCAAAUCUUUCUUGUUAUUUAACUACAAAACAAUCAAUAGUUUUAUUUGUAUAAAUUAAACUUGUUGAUCACUAAUUGUAUUUUUCUAUCAAACAUUUAAAACUCCAUUUUAUUAAAUUAUCUUUCCAACAAUUAA